AAUUAGUAAAGAGAUAGUGCCAGAGAAGUUAAGGGGCCUGAAAACAGUAGAGUCCUAAGAAUCUGAGGAAAGAGGGUGUUUGGAGGGCAGUGGUUGCUCUGUUUAUUAUCUUCCAAAAUCUUCCAAGUGAGUUCGGGGACAGAGUGGAAAAUUUGAUUUUUGAGUUCCGAUUGAAUUUGGCGCAGCACCAAUGCAGUUGUCAAUGUACAUGAAAAUCAGUGUAGGGAUGGGGCCUUAGUAAGAUUGGAACCGUCUGCUCCACGUAUCUCACAAAAUGAAAGGCGUACCUUGGGCUCCUGACAGUUCACAUAAUUAACCUUUAAUCUGUGGAGUUUGAGUGGGAUUAAAGGAGAAAUUGAUCAAUGUGAUUGUCGGAGCCAUUCAUGCUUAGGCUAGUUACUGUUAGCAUAUUAUAUUAUUUUGUCUAGAUAUUUCUAGCAGUAUUAUUUUGAAUGCUUGGGGGUGGGCUUUUGAUACAUAGAUGAACGUUACAUAUAUCAUACCAGGAGAGGGAGUGGCCAGAGCAGACGAACAUGCAUGGAAGAGAGAAUACAGUCUGAACAGACGAGAGAGAGAGAAAAACGAGUUACAGAUUGUAUGAGAAUAAGGAAUACCUGAUAUGAAUCAUCUUUGUACAACUACUUCAAUAAAGAAUCAAUUAAACUGGAAAGAACAACUGGAGGUUCCGUUUUAUAUCGUCUGCAAAGAUUCUGAAGCUGGUAAAUCAAAACCAAAAUCUGGAAAAAAACCUGAACAAGGUCAAUAUGAAACCCGCCAAAGGAUUCGAAUUGACAAUGUAAAUGAACUCGGAACUCCAUCGAUGUCUUUUAUAGGAUUAGAAUGGUUAAACUAUUCUGGGAAUGACCAUGAUACUGACUUUACGGAGAUUUCUGAAACAGAGGAUUCAAUACAUCUUCUAAAUGAAACCUUGAUUAAAUAUUUUAUUCAUCUAUCAAAAUCAAAGGGUCCAGAAGAACCGAUAAGUCUCAAGUUGUUGAACAAGUUAAUACAUAGAGGAGCUAAAGUUAACACCAUGGACAGACAUGGACAAACGUUGCUUCAUGAGGUUGCACGCAGUUGGCAUAUUGAUGUAGCUGUCUUUUUAAUAGAGAAAGGAGCCAAUGUAAACCAGGCUGAUAACUAUGGCCGAACUCCACUACAUGUCGCUGCAGCCUUGAACUAUGCUACAAUGAUUGAGCUGUUAUUACAAAAUGAUGCACUAAUUGAAGCACGAACAACUGGACAACUGCAGACUCCAUUCCAUUUUGGAGCUAAGUAUGAUGCAGUAAAUGCUCUUCAGUGCCUACAUAAAAAUGGUGCGGAUAUUCAUGCAGUGGAUUACAAAAAAAGAACUCCAUUGUAUCUUGCAGCACUAUUUGGUCGAAUGGAAGCAGCAACAUUUCUCUUGAAGCUUGGUUGUGAUGCUGGUGCUUUGGAUGCUUUUGAUCAAAGUUGCUUGAAUAUAAUGCUACUCAACAUGCCUCAAGUGGCAUAUGAUGCAUUAAAUCAGUUCCACCUACUUGAUCAUUCAAACAGAAUAGAGUUCUUUUAUCUGAAAUACCUGGAGCCAGAUAUCUUUGAAGAGCAAGAGAAAGACAAAAAGCAGACACUUAACCUGAUAGUGCACUACCAAAGAUAUAACCUUUUAAAACAUCCAGUUAUUCAACACUUCAUCAACUUGAAAUGGAAGAAAUAUGGAUUUAUUGGAGCCUUCGUCAUAUUGCUGUCAAAAUUUUUCUUUAUCAUUACUUGGACGAUCCUCGUGGCUAUUAGCCAGUGGAAGAAUAAAGCAUACUACACAUUCCCACAGGAUUGGUGGAGAUUAGCAUUUGGUUUGGGCUGUUUCAUUCAACUUGCCUUGUUUGUUGGAAUAGAAGUGACAAAUUACGUGAAAGCUAAAAGGAGGUUAGAAAGGUGGAAAAGGAAUGAAAAGACGAAAAUCCUUCAAAGCAAAAAAUUUUGUCACCCUUGUUGGCCUUUGGAGGCAACAAUUUUAAAGAAGAAACUGAGUGAUACAGCAUCAAUAAAAUUAUAUCGCCUGGAUAUAUGGUACCUUCAUGGCUGGUUAGUAGUUAUUAUGCUACUGGCUGUCUUACUUACACAUGUGAUUGAUAUGAUAUGGCAGAAGAAUAUGAUAAUAGAGUGGCUUCAUGUGCAGCUGGUAGUUGUAACACUUCCUCCGUUGUGGCUUUGGAAUAUGAAGAACUUCAGACCUUUCAAGUUUAUUGGGCCAUUUGUAAUCAUGAUUGGAAAAAUUUUACCAGUCAUCCUUAAGUUCCUUUUCCUCUAUGUACAGAUCUUUCUACCGUUUGGAUUUGCCUUCUACCUGACCUUUGGAGGUUACAAAGAGCUCCCAGAGUUCAGUACCUUGUCAAAUUGUCUAUUCACCAUGUUUCGUAUAAGUAUCGUUGAUAGUUACAAUUACCGAGGAAUGUAUGAAGAAGAUAAAGUUAUGACAUACAUACUUUUGGGAUCAUUCAUUGGAUUAGAAGUAAUUCUAGCUGUAAACCUUUUUAUAGCAAUGCUAAAUUAUGCUUUAAAAAUUAAUUCAUAUGAUUUGGAAGAGAAUACCUAUAUGCAAAAAGCAAUAACCCUGAUAUACUUAGAGAAGCUGCCAUAUUUUUCAACAUGUGCUGAUGAAUUCCACAAUUAUCUCCAUGAUAUAACUGGCCCAGUUGUGGAAACUUUCUAUACUGAGGAAAAAACAUUUGAAGAAGAGAAUUACUUAAAAAUUACCAUAUUUGAAAUUAAAACAGAAUUAGACCAACUCAUGCAGAAAAUUGAAAAAGAUGAACACCACUACUUUUUGCAAGGAUUGAUAAAGUUGUAUGGAGAUGAGGAAGUAAUGGGAAGAAUGUCAACAACACUUAGUGAGAACAAGGUUUCAACAAUCAUGCAAACAGUUACAAACUUGCAGAAAAGUGUCACAAUGCUUCACAGACAACAGGAUGACAGUUACAUGCACCUGAAGAAUAAUAUCGAAAAACUGAGUGAUCUUCUAGAAAUUGAAAUAAAUGACAAACCGAGGAUGGAUGAUGUCAAUGUACCUGAUGUUGAACAUCGACCAAUGGCAUUCUUGAAGUUUAUAAAGAAGUGGACUCACAGGUCCAGCCAAGAUAAUGAGGACGUAUAA